CACCCCACCACCAAAGCCCCAAGCUGCAGGCAACAGAGCUAGCUAGCUAGAUACAUCCUCCACCACACCAUAAGCUCUAACUAAGUUGUUUUAGCUAGCUGAUCAUGGCGUCCUCCCUCAGGGCAUUGCUUGUUGAGGAUACGGCAGUUCAACGCAUGGUUGUCUCCGCCAUGCUGCGCAAUCAGUUUCACUGCGAGAUGACUCUGGCGAAGAAUGGGAAAGAAGCUGUUGACAUGUUCCUCGAGGGCAACACGUUUGAUAUAGUUUUUUGUGAUAGGGACAUGCCCAUAAUGACCGGCCCGGAGGCAGUUGUGAAGAUCCGUGCUAUGGGAGCCACUGAUGUGAAGAUCGUGGGGCUGUCUGAUGAUGAUAAUGCCAUGGAGGCGUUCAUCAGCGCCGGCGCCGAUGAUUUCGUGCCCAAACCAGUGAGGCCUGAGACUCUGGGGCCUAUGAUUCAGGAGGUCAUCAAUAAGAAGCUAGAACAGUCAGCGACGCUUGCUUGAACCAGCCAUGGAGGAAUACAUGCAUAAAGCUAGCUCAUAUGCAUAGCUUUUGGCAUGCACUAUAUUACUGUCGUGUUGUCAUUUUACUUUCAAGGUCAUGUUAAAGGUCGGGCGUGAUUAGCAAGAAGAAGAAGAAGAAGCAGAGAGGCUACCGACAUAAUUAGACCAUUUGGAUGAUAUACUAUCGAAAUUGUCAUUUGGAUCGGAUGAUAGUAAUUGACACCGUGCCAAUGGUUGUAUUAUUACAUACAUGCAUACAUUUGGUGCACAGUACGUACGUACGUACGUACCUGCUGAAUUG